CCAAUCCUCUAUAAUAUCCCACCCUCAAAUUAAGCGAAAAUGUCCCGCAAUUUACCUCUUUUCGCUUCGGUACUACUCGUGGCGGCAAUCGUCGUAGUCGCCGGAGUUAAGUUAGAGAAAGAUAGCUCCGACGACCACAGUUCCACCAUCAAAAUCUCACCGGCUCACGCCAUUGCUCUAUCUUCAUGCAGCAGCACCUUGUACCCUGAACUCUGCUAUUCAGCCAUUGCUGAUUCUCUCAGCGACAACAAGAAAGUGACGUCCAAGAAAGACGUCAUCAUUUUGUCGUUGAACGUCACCAUUUCAUCCGUGCAGCGGAACUACUUCGCCAUAGAGAAGUUGCUUUAUGCAGGGAAGAGUAACUUGACGGAACGGGAGAAGACGGCAUUGCACGACUGCUUGGAGACCAUCGAUGAGACCUUGGAUGAGCUUCACACCGCCGUUAAGGAUUUGAAAGAGUACCCGUUGAAGAAGUCGAUUAGGGAGCACGCCGACGACCUCAAAACCCUACUCUCCUCCGCCAUUACCAAUCAGGAGACCUGUCUCGACGGCUUCUCGUACGGUAAAAGCGACAAGCAUGUGAGAGAAGUGCUCGUCGGAGGUCAGGUUCUGCGGGUGGAGAAGCUUUGCAGCAACUCCCUCGCCAUGCUCACCAACAUGACCGACACGGAUAUGGAGAACGAGAGGAAACUGAACGGCGGAAGGAAGCUGGUGGCGGCGGAGGACGGGAGCGGGUGGCCGGAGUGGUUGUCAGCUGGUGACAGGAGGCUGCUGCAGUCCUCAUCCGUGAGGCCGGACGUGGUGGUGGCAGCGGAUGGGAGCGGAAACUACAGGACGGUGGGGGCGGCGGUGGCGGCGGCGCCGGAGAGGAGUAGCAGGCGAUACGUGAUAAGGAUUAAGGCUGGAGUGUACAGAGAGAACGUGGAGGUGCCGAAAAAGAAAACGAACAUAAUGUUCAUGGGAGAUGGGAGGAGCAAUACCAUUAUCACCGGAAGCACGAAUGUACGGGACGGAAGCACCACCUUCAACUCUGCUACAGUUGCUGCUGUGGGGGAAAGAUUCUUGGCCCGGGACAUCACUUUUCAGAACACGGCCGGGCCCUCCAAGCACCAAGCCGUGGCGCUCCGUGUGGGCUCCGACUUAUCAGCUUUCUAUAGGUGCGACAUGCUAGCCUACCAAGAUACUCUUUACGUGCACUCCAAUCGCCAAUUCUUCGUACAAUGCUUGAUCUCCGGCACAGUGGAUUUCAUCUUCGGCAACGCAGCUGCUGUAUUCCAAGACUGUGACAUCCACGCCCGUCGCCCUAAUUCGGGCCAGAAGAACAUGGUCACGGCUCAAGGCCGGACUGACCCCAACCAGAACACGGGCAUCGUGAUCCAAAAGUGUAGGAUUGGGGCCACCUCGGACUGGCCAUGGAAAGAGUAUUCUAGGACUGUGGUGAUGCAGUCGUCCAUUACUGACGUGAUUGAUCCGGCAGGAUGGCACGAAUGGAACGGGAAUUUUGCGUUGAACACGUUGUUUUACGGUGAGUACCAGAAUACGGGAGCUGGGGCGUCGACGUCGGGGAGAGUGAGGUGGAGAGGGUUUAAGGUGAUCACUAGCGCGACGGAGGCGCAGAGCUACACGGCGGGGAGGUUCAUUGCUGGUGGUAGUUGGUUGAGCUCAACUGGCUUCCCAUUUUCGCUAGGGUUGUGAGC